CGUUACACUGACAUCAGUAGCACACUUUCAUCUCACCGAGGAAAGUGAACAACUUCCAUGUACUAUUCAAUCACAUCCUAAUAAAGAUAAAGUAUCGAAAUACUCAUCGUGAUUGAGUGGAUGCUGAUUGAGAUUUUUCCAUUUAUUUUAUCGAUCUGUUGGAGUUACUCUACCAAAAAGUGUUGAGACGGAAAUAGAUGAGUGAAGAAGCCACCUUAAAAUUCGGUUCAGCGUUACAACAGAUCCGAAUUUUUUUAUCGAAUUACCUUGGAAAUUUCGUCACAAAAUAAUGGAGACAGAGUCAAUCACUCUGGCUCCCCAGACCAUCCACGUGGGUCCAAUCGUGCACCCCAUCUCAAAUGAAACAAUAUCCAUUGUGAUUCCAUUGUCAGCACAAUUGGCAACAGUGGCACGUGUCCAGACAAUUGAGUCCGCCGAAGUGAUUCCUGAAAAAUCAGAGACAACUCCAGAGCUCCAGCCGAUGGUCUCAGUGGAAGUGAGCCUGUCUCCCGCAACCUCAGGAACCACUGAAACCAAGCCAGACCUGGCUACCGCCCUUCAGAAGGCAGACAAAACCAAGGGCUGUCCCUUUCCCACGUGCUCGCGAUAUGGACGAGCCUUCUCAAGGGCUCACGACCUAAAACGUCAUAUCGCGAGGCAUGAAACGAGGAAGGAGAGACUGUGUGAGCCGAUGCAAACGGAUGUCCGCACGUGCGGUCAAUGCGGAGAAAGCUUCAUCAAUGAUAUUGUUCUUCAACGGCACAUGAAGAUUCAUGUCAAGGCUGGGGAGGAGGGAGGUACUGAUGCGAAGGUCUAUCCAUGCCACUUGUGCAAAAAGAAGUAUACACAGUUCAGUAAACUUCGGGCACAUGUGACGACUCAUGAUAAGAAAUCCUCCGACAACAUGUGUGCAUUAUGCGGUGUCAAAUGUGAAACUGAAGAGAACCUAGAGACACACAUGAAGGACCACACAACGAGCAUCCUCGAGGCGCAAGAAGCCCUCGAAUCCACAGUGGAUCCGGCCCCUGUGAAGAUGGAAGAGGACGAUGACGACGAUUUCCUUCUAGAGGAGAUGCUACUCAUCAACAAGGGUCCUCGCCUACCCCCAAAGACGGAAUCCACAACCACGUCGGACGGAAAAAUCCGCUGUGACUAUUGCGCGAAGACCUUCAAAACCAAAUGGACCCUGAGCUCUCACGUAGCUGCUCACGAGGGCCGCUUUCAGUUUGGAUGUUCCAGGUGUGGAAAAAAAUUCGUUAGGAAGAGCCACUACGACGGUCAUGUGCGCUCUCAUGAAGCAGCUAGGCCCUAUGUUUGUGAGCAAUGCGGAAAGACAUUCAAAGAACUCAAACAUCGACGUGAACACACGAAACGAAAACAUCCGAGCAAUCGAAAUGACGUACAAAACCUUCUAGACAGCAUCAGUGCUUAUGUGGCUGAAGAAUCCUCAAUGGAACAGACUAAAUUCACACUUCUUAUGCCUGUGAACUUUCCCGCAUAA